AUGGAUACAAUAUUAUCCCGUUUGAAGCAGCUCACCCCUGAUGAGCUUAGAGAAGAAAUUGUAAGGGCGGGACUGAAAUGUGGGCCCAUUACCUCAACUACUAGGUUUAUUUUUGAAAAGAAAUUGGCUCGGGCAUUGCUGGAGCAACAAGGAGCAUUGGAGGAAAAAGGCUGGGCUCUGUCAGAGGAGGCCACUGGAAGUGUCCCCGCGGAUUGCAGCGGGGCAGAAGCACAGAAGGCAGCGAGUCACAACGGUCAUGGAAGUGUUUCUGAAGAGGCAGACUUUGGGUACUGUGUAGGUCUGAACCCUCCAGAAGAGGAUGCUGUGACACACAUGAACUGUUCAGCUCCAGUCUGUGGAGCAGGAUGUGUUGGUUCACAAGUUAAUACCGGGACACAGCCCAGAGAUCCUCCACUAUACUAUGGUGUUUGUCCAGUUUAUGACGACAUACUGGCAAGGAAUGAGAGAAUACAUGUUUAUGAAGAUAAAAAGGAAGCUCUCCAAGCUGUUAAGAUGAUUAAGGGUUCCCGUUUUAAAGCUUUUUCAAACCGAGAGGAUGCUGAGAAAUUUGCUAAAGGAAUCUGUGAUUAUUUCCCAUCUCCAAGCAAGUCCUCUGUAUGUUUGUCUCCAGUGAAAAUCGGAUCAUUUAAUAGAGAUGGCUUGUUCUCCCCUGAGAUGGAAACUGCAAAUAAAGAGAGAGCCAACAGUUAUAAAAGUCCGCGUACUCAAGAUCUUACUGCUAAACUUCGGAAAGCUGUCGAGAAAGGAGAUACAGCGACAUUUUCAGAGCUUAUUUGGAGUAACCCUCGCUAUCUGAUUGGGUCAGGAGACAAUCCAACAGUCGUACAGGAGGGGUGUAGGUACAAUGUCAUGCAUGUUGCUGCCAAGGAGAAUCAACCUGGGAUCUGCCAGUUACUACUGGACACUUUGGAAAAUCCUGAGUUUAUGCGGCUUAUGUAUCCAGACGAUAACGAUACAAUGUUGAAGAACCGUAUUCAAUACAUCGUGGACCUUUACCUGAACACACCAGAUAAAAUGGGUUUUGAUACUCCAUUGCAUUUUGCCUGCAAGUUUGGGAAUUUGGACGUUGUUAAUGUUCUUACCUCGCACCCAGCUAUUGUAAAAAAUCCAAGAAACAAAUACGAUCAAACUCCAGCAGAAGUAGUUUGUGAAAGAAGCAAGAAUAAAUCUGCAGAAUUGAAAGAAAAGCUAAGAGAGUACUUAAAAGGUCGAUACUAUGUACCACUCUUGAGAGCAGAAGACAAUUCCUCAGCUCCUGUAAUUGGUGCGCCAUGGUCCCCUGAUCAGACAGACGACAGCCCCCAAAGAACUUUAUCUAAAUACGCUGGCAGCCCCAAAGACCCAGUGCUGUCGAUACGAGCUUUUGCAGGCCCCAUGAGCCCCUCAAAGGCUGAAGAAUUUCGCAGGCUUUGGAAGACUCCACCUCGAGAGAGAGCUGGCUUCUUUCACAAUGUCAGGAAAUCUGAUCUGGAGAGAGGUGUUGAAAGGGUUGGAAGGGAGUUAGCUCAUGAACUGGGGUUCCCGUGGGUUGAAUACUGGGAAUUUCUGGGCUGUUUUGUUGAUCUGUCUUCCCAGGAGGGGUUGAGAAAAUUAGAAGAGUACCUGAGUCAUCGGGAAAUGAGCGAAAAGGCUCAGCAAGAAACAGGGGAAAAUGAAACCUGCAAUAGAUAUAAAACUCCACAUCCUUCUGGCAAGAGUAAAAAGUGCUGCAAUUCUAUUUCUGUUGGAGCAUUUUUGGAUGAGGACGAUGAUGACAUGAGCUUAGAAGAAAUUAAAAACAGACAAAAUGCAGCACGGAAAAUCAGCCAACCCGUCGUGUCCAAAGAACCUCAUGUCGGUGCUAUCGGAGACGCUGAGUGUGAUAUCUUGUCAAUGGAGCACACAGGAAACAUUAUAGAAACAUCAGAUCACCCCAGGCACUAUGAAAAGGCAGCUUCUUCCAGCAAAAAUGGAUUUUGUAGUCCUGUGUCCAGUGAAAGGAUAAUCAGUGACGGAAAGCAUUUGCAUGGUGGAGAAGAAUGCCUUGUGUCACCCGUUUCCAAUUUAAUGUCAGAAUUUGAAAGCCUGUCAUUCCAAGAACAAGAGGUUGCAGGAGGAUCAAAUAAAAUCACUGAAAAAACUGUGAAUGAGAUGAUUCCAGCUGCAGGAACAAGUCAGGUGAGAAUAUCCAAGGACCAUCGGGAUCAGACCGGCUAUGCAUUUUCCCUGGCAAGUUCUUGUGAGCCAAGUGUUGCAGGUAAACCUGGAGAGACCAAGUUAAGGACAGAACACAAAAUUCCCCCAGAAAAGGAGAGGCCGUCCAUGGAACCUGGAACUCAGAGCAACGAGGCACAACGUCAAGAACUUUCUUCACAGAAAGGUUUUUGGAAGGCUUCACCCACAAAUGACAACUCUAAGAAGUUAUUCCUGCUUGGGGAGCAGCCCUCGAAGCUGGAUAGUGAUGUGUUAGCAGCUAUAGAAGCAGCAGAGAUUGAUCCACAGAAAUACCCGGUUAUUUACAAAUGGAAACAUGCAGUGCAGUCGUACUCUUCAUCUGACAGGCAAAGUUGGCCAAGCCCAGCACUGAAGGCAAGAUCCAAGUCUCAGAUCACUGCUGCUGGCCUUCCAAGUGCUUCCGUGUAUUCGAAUUCAGGAAGAAGCAGCCCCGUAACAGGAAGUCCAGGAAAAUACGGCACCGCUGCCUCGUUCGCUCCAGACCCCGGGAGCCCUGGGCGCUACAGUCCAGCGUGUGUCAACCAUGCGCUGUUAAAACUGCGCUAUUUUUCAGAGCCUCCUGCCCAUUAA